GAUAAAGCUGGACGUCACAGCAGCAGUAGUGCCGUCUAGCCGAGUGUCGUGCCUAUCCGGCUGCUCUGCUGCCGAGCAUAAACGAAACAUACUCUGUGAAGAGCGAGAACUAACGAAAAACGAGCCCGUAUUCGUGAACUAGAUCGGAUAGGCACAACGCGACUGUGGUGCGCACCUGGUCUGCAAUCACAGGGUAUCACAACUUCACCAACCUCCGCCAGGGAGCAGCAGCAGAGCAGCUAACAUGCCUUCUGCUGCAGCUGCCAAGCCGAAGUUGAAGCUGCAGAUGGAGCUCUUUAGCGAGGCGAAGGCACACUGGGCUGCGCCUUAUCGCCAAGUUUUUUGUCAGCACGACAAAGACACGGUGGUGCUCUUCCGGGCAUGCUGCGAGCACCUCGGGCCGCAUGCGACGGCAACGCAGUGCUUCCGCGGGAGCCCAUGCUACGAGAAGGACAGAACGCGGAUGAUGUGGUUCGACACUUCGUUCCUCGUGUCGAUGCGAAAGUCAGAGUGGGGCACGAAAAAGGGCAGGGAAGUCGUCCUAGCAGUUUGGGUUAAGCGCUCGUUCGUCGAGGACUGCUUCGGCACGGCGGUUUGCUCCAACACGUUUGGGCCCUCUUGUGGCGGCAGCGGCGGCGGCGGCGGCGGCGGCGGCGGUGGCAAUGGCGGCAGCGGACGUAAGGGAAGCGGUGGUAUUGGAAGGCGCAGCAGCUUUGCCGUGACCCCCUUUCCGACUAGCGACCGCGGUUUCGACGACGGCCGAUCCCCCCCGACCUCAGGGUUCCCCACCCCCGCAAACAGUGUGGCCGGUUCACCCCCCGCGUCCCCUGUCAGCGGGCAGCAGCAUCAGCGACGACAGCAGGAGACCUCUGCGUCGGAAAGUGAAGGAGGACGGGCUAGUGGUGGCGCCGGCGAUCGUGACGAUGCCCGUCGUGCUGCCGCUGCUGCUGCGACGGCCACCGCUCUGCUGGCGAAGGGACAAGCCAGCCUGGCGCAAGGAAAUGAGAAUGACGAAGACGACGGCGACAAUAUUCCCCGCGGUAGAGCAGUUACGGGCGACCCAUCAACGGGAUAUUACUUUGGUGGAAUCGCAGGUGAUCCUUUGGAAGAGCGUAUGAGCGAAGGUGAGAGCGGGGGUGGGGGGUUCGAUGAAGGCGCGCGAGAGGAGCGGGGGGGGAGAGCACCGGAGCGCAGGGCUCGAUCGCAAAGCUUGACAUCGCCGAGCUACAGCGGCAGGAUGACGGACGGGGUGCGCUUGCACUGGGAGCCGGAAAGGCUUCCUUCCGGCGAGAAGCACCGUACGCGCCGAGUCGUGCAGCUCGGCCUGAAGGGGAAAUGGCUGGAGAGGCUUGGUUCUGGGGAUGCUGUUGUGCGCGUAGAACGCCUCGAUGACCUCCUGAUCGAGCAACGCACGGCGCUAACCUCCUCCGAGCCGCACCUGUUGAGGGUGCCGGUGGCGAGGCCGCUUGAUAUGGGCCAUCUCCAGGAAGCCCAGUUGGCUGCGCUUCACCUCGUGAGCGAGAGAGCCCGGCCAAAGUUGCGGAUCCUCUGCCUCCAUGGGUAUCUCCAGAAUAGCCAGAUAUUCAGCCGGAGGACACGCCAGCUCUGCAAGAAGCUCAAGAACACCGCCGAGCUGGUGUACGUGGACGCGCCACACCUCCUCUCUCCGGAGGAGCUUCCGCCGCCCUUGCCCCCCAACCCUUCCUCCCCCCUACAGGCCGCGGCCUCAAAGUUCACGGCGGCGGCGGCAGCGGCGGCCGCCAAGGUGGUCAACACGGGAGAGGGAGGGGCACUGGGGGUCGGGAAGGAGCAGUUGACGCCGGCCUCUUCGCCCACGUUCUCACCUCCGGCGUCGCCUGCUUGUGGGAGCAAGACGGAAAGUGAUAGCGGCGGUGGCGGUGGUAGCGAAGGCAACGCAGGUACUCCUGGACAGCAGCAACAGCAUCUGGACAGGGUUGGGGCGCGCACGUGGUGGCGAUGCGACCCAGAGGAGAGGAAGAGGGCCAAAGCCGUACCGGGGAUGGCUGGGCGAUGCGAGUGGAAGGUAGCGUGUCUCUCUCACACACACAGCAUUCCGCCAUGCAAUGCUGUUUUGUUUCGCCAAAUGACAGCAGCCAUCGUUUCAGCCGGGUGACGCAAGCAAGCCCCAUCCGAAAGGCCUCCGCUUGAUGGGUAGACAACCCGCAGCUUGUUUUGGGGUGGUUGCGCUGGGCUACCCCGAACAGAACUAGAACCCGUCUAGUACACCAAACCGCCUCCCGUGCUU